AAGGAGGACAUCCCGGCCAUCCUCGGCUACCUAUCUCUGCAUCAGUCUGGUGACACACUCACCCUCAAGUGGACACCCAACCAGCUGAUGAACCGUUCAUCGGAGGAUAGCACGACAGCAGACCCCGCAGACAAGAGCGUGAUGUUUGCGAACACGUGUCCGUCGUGUUGGAACAGGAAACCUCGAAAGGCGCACAUAUACUGGGAUUAUGCAAUCACCGUUAUGAUGGAUGAGAUAGUCUACCUGCACUGCCACCAGCAACCAAACCUCGGCGGGAUGCUGGUGCUCGUGGGCCAGGAUGGUGUGCAGAGGCCUCCCAUCCACUUCCCAAAGGGCGGCCAUCUUCUCCAGUUUCUCGGUUGCCUGGAGACCGGCCUUGACCCUCGCGGUCAGUUGGACCCACCGCUGUGGUCGCACAGAGGUAAAGGGAAAGUUUUCCCGAAGCUGAAGCGCAAGACUACGGCCAAGCUGGACAGGAAGUCGUCGGAGGAGGCGAGGGAGGAGUACUCGGACACGUUGCAGCAGCUGUGUCAGACGAUGAAGAAACAAAUCAUAUCACGAGCAUUCUACGGAUGGCUGGCGUACUGCAGACACCUACGCACGGUGAGAACGCACCUGUCUGGCCUCGUUCACCCAAGCAUCGUGCCGGCAGACGCGCCGUGCGAUGCCACCAGGGGGCUCACCGAGAGCCUGUGGAGGAAGAUGAAUAAGGACGGCAUCGUCGCCGAGGAGACGGAGAUCAUGAGGCUGGUGUACUACGGAGGAGUCGAGCACGAGAUCCGAGACCAGGUGUGGCCCUACCUGCUCGGUCACUAUCGCUUCGGCAGCAGCGAGUCACAGCGCAUCAAGCAGGACGAGGAGAUGCGGACGAACUACGAGAGGACGAUGUCGGAGUGGCUCGCCGUGGAAGCCAUCGUGCGACAGCGCGACAAAGAGAUCAUGGCCGCCAACCUCGCCAAGCUGUCGUCAGAGGGCAGCACUGACAUCCCGCUCGUCGGCAAGGACCCCAGCCUCAGCUCGGAGGGUUACUGUUACUAUGCAGGGAGGGCUCAGGAGGGGAAAAGCAACAAUUUGUUCUCUAUCACUAAGGCCUACUACAGCCUCGUUACUGAGCAAAGCGACACGCAAGCACGAUAUGAUGCGGCAAUCUCGGUAAAAACUUCAGGUACAAUUUUCAGCGGCAAUCACACGGCGGAGUCGCCGGAGGACACGCUGGAGGACGAGGUGGCGAGGUACAUGGAGCAGACACCAGGUGGCGACGCGAGCACGCUGCAGCUGAAGAGCGGAUCGCGUGAGAGCCUCAUGUCCCCGGCAUCUAGCGGCGGGGGAGUGUACUCGCAAGAGCUAUUGGACACGUUUGCGUUGAACGUUCACCGCAUAGACAAGGACGUGCAGCGCUGCGACCGCAACUACUGGUACUUCACGCCCGAGAACCUGGAGAAGCUGAGGAACGUCAUGUGCACCUACGUGUGGGAGCGUCUGGAGGUCGGCUACGUGCAGGGAAUGUGCGACCUGGUGGCGCCACUGCUCGUCAUCUUCGACGACGAGGCGAAGACGUUCAGUUGUUUCUGCGAGCUGAUGCGUCGCAUGUCGGCUAACUUCCCACACGGCGGCGCCAUGGAUGCGCACUUCGCCAACAUGCGCUCACUCAUCCAGAUUCUUGACUCUGAGAUGUUUGAACUGAUGCACCAAAAUGGAGACUACACGCACUUUUACUUCUGCUAUCGGUGGUUUUUACUGGACUUCAAGAGAGAGCUGGUCUAUGAGGACGUGUUCAGUGUGUGGGAGACUAUCUGGGCGGCUAACACCUGUCCAUCCAGCGAUUUGGAAGAUAAUGAUGUUAAUCCCGACCCAUCGAAACCCGAUCGGUGCAUGAGUCCUCCACGAUGCAACCUGGCCAGUAACAUGUAUACGAAACCGGUGAUGGACAAGCCAUUUGAUGCGGUGGAGCCAUCAAUACAACAUACAUUACAAACGACUGUGAAAAGAAAGCUAGAGGAACCAGUAGACGAACCAGCGCCGGCUAAGCAGCCGAUGCUUAACGGCGCAGCGGUGACCUUGACCGCUACCGCCAAGGUCAAAUCGGAACCGCCGCCGCCCGUCGCGUCGUCUUGUUUCGGCGCGCCGAGUUCGGCGGACUUGCCGAUCAUGUCGGCUGACGCGGGGGCGCCACCGUGUGGUGUCUCGCCGCUCUCCGGUCUCAUCAAGCAAACGGCGAGUCUCGGCGCAGAGCUGUGCGCGCCGCCACAAGGGGGCGCCGGCAUCGCCGGUCGUCCAGCGUCCAGUCUGACGACGUCGCCGUUUCCCGUCUCAGCUUCGUCUCUCCCCGUGACCUUUGCGAGGUCGUCGUCGCGGAAUCCGCCGACGAAGGGAGCGCUGAAGGCGUAUCCGCGAGCGAACGGCUGCGAGCUUGGCGCGACGAGGGAGGAGGCAGGUGGCGCCACUGCUGUGACCGGCGGCAGGGCGGACGAGAAACCUUCGUGUGGCCGUUCAGAGGUGGCAGUGAAGCAAGAAGAAGUUGACACAGCGAAAGCUGCACGAAUUCUGGUCGAGCCUACAAGUUGUGCAGCCACUAAGCAAGGUCCGAACGACGCCAAGCUAGGAGCAGCAAACCCAACCGUCAUGAUGACUUCACCGCCGGCGUGUAAGAUCCUGAUGCAGUCGCCGCCGGUCAGUGCUUCAGUCGCCAGCAUCCUGCACCCUAACCCCAUCAUAAUCCCCAACUCUAUCGUCAACACGCUCGACCUAGCCCGCGCGUCGACCGCGUCCGUGGUGACCCCGCCCAUGACGACGCAGCUGGCUGGGGUUGUCGUGGUUACCAACGAGGCGAGGAGGCAGACAGCGGGACAGGGAGCGGGGAAGGCGGCAGCGGUGCAGGCACCGGGAAAGACGGUGGGUCAGACUGCAAAGCAGAUACCUGGUCAGAUACCAGGUCAGACAGCUAGUUGGACAGUCGGUCAAACAACUGGUCGGACAGCGGGACAGUCACAAAAGCAGACAGUGAACCAGCCAUCAAAACAGACAGUGGGACAGACACCAAAACAGACAGUGGGACAAACACUAAAACAGAGUGUGGGACAAAGAGCUGGUCAGACAGUAGUCCAGACACCAAAGCAGACAGCGGGACAGCCUGUGAGACACACAGGCGGUCAGCCCGUGGGACACAUAGCCAGUCAGUCUGUGAGACACACCGCCGCUCAGCCCGUGGGUCCAGCAGCAGGAGGAGGAGGAGGAGGAGGAGGAGGAGGGCAGGGUAUCGUCGUUUCCUCGCCGUGA